AUGUCUCAUGCGGCCCGCCGUGGCCACCGUGGUGGACAGACGGGCGGCGCAGGCGGGGCCAACCGCGCGGGUCAGGAAGGGGGCUUUGUGGCCUCACACGCCCACCGCCAGUCAUCAUCAGGCAAUCUGUUCUCCCGUGCUCCACUCGGUCCGUCGGGCGCCUCGGGGACGCUUCCUGGGUCUGUGCCGGAUGCUGCCGGCGGGCAUGGAUCGCUUGUCCCGCGUCGCCAGCAAGCAUCACUUGGCGACCACCGCCGUGGACAUGGCCAUCCGCACCCGGCCGGCCGGGCACAUUCAUCCAAACUCGCGGCAUUUCUCGUGCAGCGAGCCGAGACAGAGUCCUCGCAACGGAUGCAAGCGCUCCGUCGGAACGGCUACGCCGGCCGCGAUCCGCGGCGGCUGUGGCUGGGCGCGGCUGCGGUGGUAGUCGAUGUUCUGUCGGGCGACGGCCGCGCCGGAAGCGCGCUGUUCGGCGGCGUGAGCCGAGGAGAUGGCCGCAGCCGGCGGACAGCCCAUCGAUCGCGGCGGCGGGCCGCGCAUGUUGCCGCCAUGCGGAAGCGGCACCACUCUGAGUAUGUGUCGGCGUAUCGGAUGAAAGGCGAGGCCGGGCAUGGGCGGAGUUACCGACGGACUGGGCCGGCGGCAGCGUAUGCGGCGGCGAGUUAUACUGGCGGGGCAGGGGCGGGAGCGCCUGACGACGAUGACCGACAGCACCGGCCGUGGUUUACUAUCAUUGUGUCGACAAUCCAGAUCCUGUUCUUUGCUUACAUCCUGUACAACGUGCUCGAGGCCAAGGGCGAGUCGAUGUCGUCGCUCAAGUCGAACCCGUUCUUCGGCCCGUCAGAGUUGGACCUUGUGGAGCUUGGAGCGAAGGUUCUGUCGAAGAUCAAAGACGGGCAGUACUGGCGACUGGUGACACCGCUGGUGACGCACUCUGGGCUUGUUCACCUCGGGUUCACGAUGCUGCUGCAAGUGCCGACGUCGAUGGUGUUGGAACGGCAGCAUGGGUGGUUCAAGCUCGCGCUCAUCUAUGUCAUUUCGGGUAUCGGCGGCUUUAUGCUCUCUGCCGUCUUCCUCCCGAAUCUUGUGGCGACCGGGCCGUCGGGCGCAGUGUAUGGCCUGCACGGGGUGCUCAUCAUGGACCUGCUGCAGAACUGGUCACAUGUCCGCUCGCCGUGCUCCUACCUGGUCCGGCAGCUGCUCUCACUCGUGUUCUUCCUUGUCCUCGGCCUCUUGCCUGGAGUGGACAACUUUAUGCACAUCGGCGGGUUUGUGUGCGGGGCGCUUGCGGCGCUCGCGCUGCUGGACAACAUGCAUCUCGGGAUGCGCAAGUCGUCGCACAUGGCGAUGUUCGCCGGGUUUGUGCUUGUGGCCUACAUCGGGCUCACGGGGUGGCUCAUGUUCACCAAGGUCGACGAGAACGGAUGGUGCGAGACAUGCCGCGACAUCAACUGUCUCCGCAUCCUCGACUGGUGCGAGCGCAAUCCACUGGAUCCGCCAGCGCCGCCGCCGGCUGUUCCUGCGACGCCGCCGCCGCCACCGGUGGCAGGCACGUGA